GGCACUUCAACAUCAACACUGCUCAAGUACGCGACAAAAACAAACAAACCGACAGCAUGCCUUCAGAAACCGAGUGCGGAAUCUGCUACCGGACUUUCAACGUCGUUCGGCGGUGUCCACGACAGCUGAGCUGCAAACACACAUUUUGCGAAAGCUGCCUGGUGACGCUCGCGCGGUCCGUGGAGAGCUCCGAACCCCGGAUUAUGUGUCCGCUGUGCCGUCACUCCACGCCUCUGUCAGAGGCGACAAUCAAAGAUAAUCUGCCGGUAGACGAGGACAUUUUGGAGCUGAUGGUGACCGCGGGCAGCUUGGAGGGGUGUACGGAUGACGACGAAGACACCGAGGAGCCGGACCAGGAAGCGUCCAGCCCGCGUAAAGAGGACAGUCCGCCGCCGAGAUCUCCAAGCGGACGCCUGAUGAGAUCCAUAAGGCGCCUCUUCAAACAAAUCACCGGGGAGAGUAGGAGAAACUGCAUGACUGAUGAGGAUUUAAGGGACCUGGCAAUGAUGUCCUGCUACAUUGUGUAACCAACACCAAGAUAAUCCCAAGUGUCAAGAUUGUAUCUUAUGCACCCCUCAAGCACCCGGGCCACACCUUGCAGAACCAAUGGGAACACCUGGAAGAAGUUGUUCUGUUCUAGCACAUUUUAAAGUAGGAACAUCACCAGCGGUGCUGGCGGGCAUAAGAGUACUGUUUACUGUUGGGUGUGUCGCAUUGUCAUAACAGAGAGUUUGGGAUAUCCCAGCACAACCCAUAAACAAACAGAUACAUUCAAGAAUAUUUAUAUAUUGUAUUAAUCUAUAUUUAUAAAAUGUGUCGAGCUUAAAGCUGAAAUGAACCACAUUGCCUACAGAUUAUUCUCCAUUCAGGCCUGGAUAAUUGUAUUUCUUUUUAAUAUUAUUAUUAUUGUUAUCAUUCAAAAGGUGUAUUGGACUAUGCCAAUGCAUGGCAGAUUUCUCCUGCAAUAAUGGACCAAUACUAUAAACUGUCACUUACAUUUUACAUUUUGUUUUUAAUUUAUAAGGAGGGAAUUUCAGUGUUAUAUUUGUAUCAAAUGAAUAAAAAUGAUAGGUUCCAUUAUGUUUGUCUUUUUGAACAAUCUUUAUUUAAAAAAACAAUGACAUUAUUUUACAUGUAUUUAUUUUUAACUAUGUUAUUUUUAUAGGAACAGGAUGGAAAUACGUUGUGUACUGCUACAUUUGUAAAAAAUAAAAAAUUCA